GGGACAUUCAACCGACUAUUAGACCAUAUAAAAUGGCAGCGCUUUCGUCAUUAGUGUUUGACAGAUGCGUAUAAUCGAAAAAGGUUAACGUAAAUAUAUAAAAACAUGGCAACUAACCAUAAUAACAAUCAGGAUGACGAUUUUGGGGACUUUGGAGGAUUUGAGGCUGCUGAGCCAUUGGAAAAUCCAGAUGUAGGGAAUAGAGGAGCGCAGGCAGCACCAAAUCUGUGGGCCAUGUUUGCUCCAGCUGUUUCUGGAAUCCAGAGUGUGCAGCCUGACCUGUUGUGCAGCCAGAACCGGUUCCCUCAGCAUCUGGACACACCAAACACUGUCGAUGUUGCAAGUAGUGCACAGGCGAGCAUACCACAGGACUUUGACCUCGCUCUGGAUGACUAUCAGCACCAAGGAGCUGCUGGACAGCAGAAUGACCAAGAUGACUUCAACUUUGCUAAUGACAUUUUAGAUGGCAGCUUUCUAGCGUCAUCUGGACAACACUCAAUGCCGUUAGUAACCCCUCAGAUGCCUGACAUAAGUGGCCUUGACCUUCCUGGGAGUUUGAUGUCUAGGCUUGGUGCCUCUGGACACACAGAGGCUUCAAAUUAUCAGCAUUCAGGAGCAAACCAGCUAAGGACUGGUCCCCCAGCUGUGGAGCCAGAUCUGGAGGCUGCUGCCCCUGUGUCAGCCAAUGACAUUUCUGCCAAUGAGCAGGAAUCAGCUAAUCAGAUUCACUGGAAUGUGGCAAACAACCAGAGUGUUCAGGGUGAGGCAGAAUCCAAUUCACUAUUACAGAGGGCAGUGGAAGAAAAGGAAUCAAUUCAACAGGAUUUAGAGAGACAGCAGACGGAAAAUGCACGCCUGGCUGAAGACUUGGCUAGAGCAGAAGCUUUGGCAGAAUCUGCUAGACAGAAUCUUGAAAAAGUCCAAAGUUCCCACAGGGAGCAGCUGGAAGGUUUGCGUUGUGCGGGUCACGAGGCCCUGACGGUGGUGGUGGAGGAGUACCGGGCCUCCCUGGCAGCGGCUGUGCAGGCCCAGGCUGAGUCCUGUCAGCGGUCCCUGGCGCGCAGCGUGAGAGAAGAGACCGAGCAUUUACGUGCACUCCUGGUGGAGCAGAAAGAAACAUUUGAUAAACUCCAAGAAUCUGAGAGACAACGCAAUACUGAAUUAUUAAAAGAGGCCAUUGCAGAUAUGAAAGAAAAAACAAAUGAGGAGAUGCAUAAAUUACUAGCUGAAGAGAAAGUGAAGUUUGAACACAGCAUUCAAGAAGUAGUAAAGGUUGAGCAAUUGAAAGCAGAACAGAAACUGACGGAGGUUGUGAAAGCAGAGCGGGAGAGAUCUGACAAGUGUCUUGAACAGGAACAAGUGAAGUUUUCAGCCAAGAUGGCGGAGCUUGCUCAGGAACAUAAGAAGGCAUUAGAGCUAGCACUACAAGAACAACAAAACAAGUACAAGGAGGAGCAUGGCGUAUCACUGAUUGAGGAGAGGUCAAGAGGUCGGGAGGCCGUGCAAGAGGUCACCAGGGCAGCAAGAGACGAUCUGAUAAGGUCCCUUCAACAACAUAGACAGGAUGACCGGGCCAUGCAGAGGCGACAACUGGCCAGCCUCGAUGUGUUCCUGGAGAGUGCGCGACACCAGCUGGCGUUGCUAAUAGAUACGUCACAUGAUGUGGACAACAGUGAAGCUGAUAAACAUGGUUGUGCAAAUAAUGAACCAUCGUCCUGAGAUUAAACUGUGUACAUAGUUUUAUGAAAUAAUCACUUUUUGUAUUUUGUGUGAGCAAUUGUGUUAUACUAUUGAUCCUGCUGGAUUUUAAAGCUUAAACAUAAGCAAAACCAAGAACUAAUGCAUGUAUACAUGUACUCAUAUCGACUUGUGUACGGUGUACUUGGUGCUCAAUGGGUAUACUGAACUCAAUCAGUUCCUAAGUGCAUAUAAGAUAAUACGCUGUUAAUGUUUAAUUGCAUUGCUGCGUUACAUGUAGACUUUAUUACAGUUAGUGCUUGUUUUGUAUAAGAAUCCAUCAAAACUCGAAAUGUCAACCAAUGCGAUAUUUAUCAGUGUGUAUCAGAUUAUACUGUUCCAAUGUCAUCUGAUUUGAUGACAAUAUUAUACAGCUUAAAAGAAACAUCUCACAUGCUGUGUCUUGUUCGUUUUUUGUCUGUGCAUAUUUAAAUAUAAAUGUUUUUUAUUUCAAAAAAAGACAAGACAAUAUAUUUUGUAAUUAUAAAAGGUCACUGGCCAAAAAUACAAUAUACAGACAUGUCACAUUAUACAUACAUGAGUUGUGAAUAGUGUUAUGUUUGUGCUUUGUGCAUUAAGAAAUAUAUGAAAAAUG